AGUUUGCAGAUUGGAGCUUGAACCUGAAACUUGCAGACGAUUUAAAUCAACUUCUUAAAGACUUUGAAGACUUUGCAUCGUCACCGUCUGAUUCUUCACACAUCCCUUCUGGUUUCCUGUCACCAUGAGCGGCGGUGCGACCACCACAGUCCCCCCACAGGAGCCCCAAGCUUUCAAACGUGCAGUGCGAAAGAUAAAAUGCGCCGCCAUGGUGGCCAGCUUGGCGAAGAGCUGGCAGGGCUGGGCCAACGAUCACUCCAACCAGCAGGACGCCAUCCCGACCGGCUGGAUGCCUUCAUCCGUGGAGGAGGUGGACGAAAAGGAGCGCAGCCACGUCGUCAAACUCACCGUCAAGCCGCGUAGCAUCACGGCGGAUCCAAGCGACUCCGGCGGGAGCAAGAUCCGGGCCUGCACCGUGACCAAGACCGUGCAGCCCAAGCGCAGCGAGUGCAGCAGCAGCGACGUCGUCAACGCCAUCCGAGGGAAGAUGGAGUCAGGCCCGGAGCAGAGCAAGCCGUUCUUAGGCAACGAGUCGCCGACGCGGCGGCGUCAGAUGAGGGCGCUGCAGCACGCGGGAGAGGGAAGCGGCGUCAUCCAGGACAGGAAGCUGAUGCUGCAGGAGAAGAAGCUCAGUUCGAGGAGCAGCAGCGUGGACACGGAGGACAGCGGGAUCGGAGAGGAGGCGGGGCUUAGCGACAACAGCGAAUCGAAGAACGAGGAGACAGACAUCCUGUUCAAGAAACACACCACGAGGCCGAAG